GAUUGUGAACAACCAGAAGCCACAGCGCAGCGGUAGUUUUGGAUUUGAAGAUGGGGGACGAUUUAGGUGAUGACUGGUGGGAACAAAAGGGCAAUUCGGAUUCCCCCGUGGGAGAGGAGGAGAGCGAAGAACCGGAGAAACAGCCCACAGAGCAAGCAUCCCCACGGGAGAAGAAAGGAAAGAAGAGGAAGAGUGUAACAGAAACCCCAGUCCCGGUCAAGAAGAAGACUGCACUGAAAUCACAGACUGCGUGUUUUAUGGCUCAGGAGAAGAAAGAGGAUGAAGGAGAAAAAAAGCCCAAGAAAAAGAGAAAGAAGAAGAAGAAGACUAUCACAGACGUCCUCGCCACCUCGGAACCCAAACCGGGCUCUCCGGGUGACCUGCAGAGCCUGGUUCUAGAACACUUCAAAGACAAACGCUCCGUCAUCGAGCUGGAGGAUCUCAAACUACAGGAUUCCUGCUUCGUGAGGAGUAAUGACCUCACACACAGCCUCUCCUCCUACCUGAAAGAAAUUUGUCCCAAAUGGGCUAAGGUCCAGAAGCAGCACACAGAGAAGAGUUCUGUGGUUCUGCUCAUCGUCUGUAGCGCCGCGCUAAGAGUCAUCGAGCUCAUCAAACAGUUAACCACCUUCAAGGGAGAGGCCAAAGUGCUGAAGCUGUUUGCAAAGCACAUCAAGGUAGAGGAGCAGGUGAAGCUCCUACAGACGGGGGUGACACACAUCGGGGUGGGGACGCCAGGGAGACUGAGUGCCCUCAUUGAGAAAGAGGGUCUGACCCUGCCUCCCCUGCGUUUCCUGGUUCUGGACUGGAACUGGAGAGACCAGAAGCUUCGCAGGAUGGUGGAUGUUCCUGAGGUCAAAGGUGACUUGCUGAAGCUGCUGGAUAUGGGGAUCUUGAAAGGUUGUAGGGAAGGAAAAGUCAAAGUGGGACUGUUCUGAUACAAACACACACCUAGUGCCAUAAUCCUCCAUUUUUUUAAUUUCACCUUUAUUUAACCAGGUAGGCCAGUUGAGAACAAGUUCUCAUUUACAACUGCG